UAAGGUAGUGUUCAUGGUGUCAUUUAGCAGAAAACCGAAUAUCGCACUGCGAACACCAAUUCUGGUCAUUCCUUGUAUCUUGGUCGGGUUACGUCCUGUAUAACAAGCAGGCAUAUGUAUCCUUUAACUGCCUCCAUAUAUGCUUAGAUAAGGUAGGCGUAACGAAAACUUACGGUCGUAUACAGUUCCGAACCCAUCGUCUGCGCGUUGGCAAUUGUUGGUCGAAACGUAAUACUUACCAGGCCGAGUCUUUUAUGACAUUAUCAGGUCAAGCUACAGCAAGGAGCAGAAACUGUUGCCGACACCAAAGAAUAUUGCCAAACCUCUCCUCGGGUUACUAGCUGCCAUGGCAACGAUAUGCAACAAUUGACAAUAUUGAUUUUUAGCAAGCCCCGCUCCACUAAGGCUGGUCACUGGUCUUCUUUCUGCCACACGCUGUGGUCGGAAUGGGGUAGCCGCUACGCAAACUGCCUUCGUAAUUCAGACAGUGACGGAUGAGGGUUCAGCUGCAAGCUUUCUUGCUGUCGGUGCUGCUUUUGGCGACGAAUUGUGCCUCCCGCCAAGGCGCGUUGGAGAAGCAGUCCCUAUCAGCCUGGCGCAGCCACGUAGUCGCACAGAAUCCUUACGAGCAGGCGACCGCGCGGCGAGCGUCGCUGCGUCGUCAACUUCUGAGCAGCGCUGACGGCAUUCUCACAUCAUCCUGCGACGCACAGUGCCAGGCGGACCAGCGACAGGCUCUAACGCAGCUCUUCAACGCAUGGGCAGGCGCUGGCUGGACUCGUCGGCGCAACUGGCUGAACAGUACCGCCUCUGUGUGUCAGUGGGAGGGCGUUCUGUGCUGCCUCAGCAGCGCCCUGGACGGCAUCGUUUCCGACAACGUGGUCCUGCCGGAUGCUGGGGACCCGCAGUGCCCCGACGGCGCCGCGGGCGUGGUGGCGCUCAGCCUCGCCUCCAACAACAUGACGGGCGACCUGGGGGCGGUGCCCUGGGCCGCAUUCAGCACCACACUGCUCGCCCUAGAGCUGGACGACAACUCCCUCUCCUGCAGCUCCUCCUUCUGGUCGGCUGCGGGCGGUCUGCCCGCGCUGGCGGCGCUGCGGCUGCUGUCCGCGGGCUCCAACCAGCUGUCGGGGCCGCUGGGGGGGCUGCGGGCGCCCGCCAACCUGAGUGCGGUGCUGCUGCCGGGCAACCGACUGGGCGGGCCGCUGCCGCUGGAGCUGCUGGAGCUGCCGGGGCUGCAGUACCUUGACCUGGACUCCAACCAGCUGAGCGGCUCGCUGCCCGCCGCCGCCUUCUCGGGUCCGGGGGCGCUGCGGACGCUGCACCUGGCGGGCAACAACCUCACGGGGCCGCUGCCGGGGCUGCCGGAGGGGGCGGCGCUGUCAGACUCGCUCACCCUGCUGGACCUCUCCAGCAACCAGCUCAGCGGCAGCCUGCCGCCCUACCUGGCCGGCCUGGCGCUGGCCUACCUGGGGGCCGCCGGCAACCGGCUGAGCGGCCCCGUGGCGCCGCUGCUGCGCGCCUCCUGGUCGCUGCUGCACCUGGACCUGCGCGGGAACCAGCUGGGGGGCAGCAUACCCGAGGACCUGAGGUGCAGGCACCUGGAGUACCUUGACCUGGGCUCCAACCAGCUGAGCGGCUCGCUGCCCUCCUCCCUGUCCGGCCUGCGCGACCUGGAGGUGCUGCUGCUGGGCGGCAAUGCGGGGCUGGUGGGGGAGCUGCCGGCGGGGCUGGGGCAGGGGGCGGGGCUGGCCUUCCUCAACCUGCGCGACACGGGCAUGCAGGCGGGCGUGGCGGGGCAGGCGGGGCUGCCGGAGUAUAUCAGCUUCUCGGAAACCACCACCUCCAUCGGCAGCGGCCCUGGCAGCCUGCACUGCCCGCAGCCGCUGCUGCGCGGUCAGCUGCACCUGGAGAUGUCGCCCUACUACUGGCAGUUCGAGGGUUGCAACUGCGGGGCGGGCUACAUACCCAACCGCACCUUUGCCAACGGCACCACCACCAACACCAGCAGCAGCUUGCUUAGCAGCAGCAGCAGCACCACCAGCAGCAGCAGCAGCAGCCGGGUGGUGUCCAUGACGUGUGUGGCGGCGGGUCCGGGUCCGGGUGGUCGUGGUUUGCUGGUGUCCUGGUGGGUGAUUGUGCUGGUGGUGGUGGGCGGGUUGGCGCUGUCUGCCGCGCUGCUGCUGCUGCUGUGGCGGCUGGUGCCCUCGGUGGUGCGAUACCGGGCAGCCAUGGCCAAGCGCAUGCCGCCGGGGUUCAGCCAGCGCACGCGGGGGUGCAAGGUGACGCUGGUGCUGACGGAUGUGGAGGGCAGCACCGAGCUGUGGGAGUGGGACACGGACCUGAUGGCAGCUGCCAUCGACCUGCACGACCACACGCUGAGGUCGCAGAUGUCCAAGUGGUACGGGUACGAGGUGCAAACGGAGGGUGAUGCCUUCCUGAUGGCCUUCCACGAGCCGGCUGACGCGGUGGGCUGGUGCAUCACCACACAGCUGGCACUGCUCAACGCCGACUGGGAUCGCGAGCUCUUCCGGCACCACAAGGCCUGCAUCGAGACGCACGAGUCGCUGCAGCCCACCUCCGCCUCGCACUCCUCCAACGUGCAGGGCCUAGCGCAGGG